GCAGUGAGUUGGAUGUCAGUCGGGCAAGCAGACGAGAAGGAUAACGUUGCUCAACCUAUCCUACACCACCUCCACUUAUACACCAUGAUACUCGAAAGUGUUCUUGUGCCGCUGUUGUUCGUGACUGUGUGUAGGUGUGGUGCCCAGGAGGACUUCAAACCCUAUGAGCGCGGGAGUCACAACACAGCCUCGGUGCACAUCCAAUCACUCUACACCUUGGGCCUCCAGGAGAACCUUGAUGUGUGGUUGCCUACUGACGCCGGCACCUACAAGGUUUAUUAUUUCCUCGACGGCUUUGAUGGAGUCAUUCCUGGGGUGGCUUAUGCUCAGACGAUGGAUCACAUAGCCUCACACGGGGUGGCUGUGGUGGUUCCAUGGAAGAUCACAGCGUCUAUUGACCCCGACGUGAGGAUGUCCCUGUUCGUCUCCGUCAUGAACUGGGCUGAGAAUCACCUGGAGAAGAAACUACACAACAGCGGUAUCAAUGACACAGUUCACCUGGACCUGGAUAAUCUUGUUGUUGGUGGUCACUCGGCAGGUGCUCACGUACAGGUAGAAUACUUGAAGAGCACCUGUGGUAAGUUCAAAGGUCAAGUGUUCAUGAGUCCAGUGGAUGGUCUUACUGUCUUCUGCAUCACACCUGGCCAGACCCUCAACUACAUCAUCCCCACGCUCCACCUGGCUGCCGGGCUAGACAAUGUUCCAGGUGUAGGCGGCUUCCCCUGUGCUCCAGAUUCCCUCAGUAAUGAUCGCUUCUACGACGCUCUGGACCCGACCUCCCAGCGUUGGUCCGUCAAUGCUACCCAGUUUGGUCACGGGGGAUUCCUCGAUCCUCUGUAUGAAGAGUCCCUGGAAGUGCUGGACUUUUGUGGCUACAACGUGAAUGCUACAGAUGAUGAGUUUGAUGCUUACAGACGGUACAUUGCUGGCCAGAUUGUGACCUUCAUUAAAGCGCUGUUCACGGAGGAGGGUGACUGUGGACAGUACCUGCCCUACCUGGAGGACACCAGCCGUAUGAUUGUGGACACUGAGGAGCGACACCAGAACCCCGUCGGUGGGUGUCCUGUGGCAGCUUGUACCUGGAGCCCUCUACCCAAUACCACCGCUGUCCCACCAACGACGACACUAGAUGUCCAACACCUGUAAGAGUCACCAGACCAGUUUCACCAGAGAUGUUAACCAGCACCACGUAGAUGUAAUAGAUAGUUCCUAGACGUCA